AUGUCGGUUUUAGCCCAGUUCAUAUUCUCUCUUGUCGUCUUACAGAUGUCUGCGGAGAUCUUUGCUGCUAAUCAGUGUUCUGGGGUAUGUAUUUAACUUUUUAAUAUCAUGCAUGCAUGUAUAUACUAUAUAGUACCAUUGGUUUGGUUUAAUAUGGCGACUAAAACGCCCAUUACAAAUUGUUUAAUCAGUUGCCACAUGUUAAUGCUAUAAGGUAAAGUCAUAGCCUACGAGCAACAAAAUUGCAGCAACUUGCAUGCAAUAAAGUCUGAUUUCAACGCAUGUUAAUUGAAAUGUUCACACACACAAGUUGCAACACCCGAGACAACAUUAGUACAAAUUUGCAACUAACAUUACUUAACAGAUUUUAUUGCAAGUUGCUGCAAUUUUUUGCUCCUAUUACUUUACCUAUAAGUACUAUUUACAACAUGAGCGGCCGUGUUGUAUCGGAUAUACAAACUCGAGCCAAAGGCGAGAGUUUGCAUAUCCGAUACAACACGGACGCGAAUUGUAAGCCAUUUUUUUAAAUGGCUUAAAAAAAGCCGAGAAAAUCAAAGUUAAAGUUUAUGUAAAUCAACAUGAAUCUGUAUCACAUAUACAGAUACGACACGCUUAUGAUUUUUCUUUGUGUUUUCUUCAUGAAUUAUUGAGUUUUUUAACACAGCAUGCAAUCAGCAAUUCAUUAGUUUCGUUAAGUUAUGUUCCAGGCUUGGUUUUGAUCUUCAAAUUCCUAACAUCUUUCCCAAACAGUGUUAAUUGAAAAUAUUCUUUACUUCAGAACUUAUGUAAUCAGUUGCCACCAAGAAGUUGUUUGGAUCAUUUGAAACGAGGCUCAACGAGCGACGGCUACUACAAAAUCUAUAAUGAAGACGAUGAUUCCUUAGAUAGUGUUUAUUGUGACAUGGUACCAGAUGCCGCGGCAGCCUGGACACUAGUGGAAUCAUUCGCUCUCUCGCACAAAGAUGAGGAUCCAUUCAGGAAACACCCGCUCAAGGUGAAUGCUCCAGUCAAUGAGAAAUCUGCAAAUUUCAACCGUUACAGAAUGAGCCAGCCUCAAAUGAGCAGUUUGAAAUCUGUUUCCACUCACUGGCGAGCUACAUGUAGUUUUCCUGUUUACGGCAUCGAUGGACGUGAUCAAGCGAGAUCAAACUUUAAGGAUUUCGAUAUCAUGACGUACAUCGGUGUUGGUGUAUGUAAAAAAAUGGAAUAUGUCAACAUCCGUGGUAAGUGGUAAUAUUUACUAUAGUUUUUUGAAUGGACGAAAUGAUUGUACAAAAAUAUUAUUAUCAGGAUACCUCUUCUUGUUAUCUGCAUAAAAGAUUCCCCCAUCUUAAAUUUUUACUGUCAUCGAAUUUUUAUUGUAUUUGAAAAACUCACUUGUGCAUAUUUUUUCAAAUUGCAAUGAGGAACAUAUACAUUGCAGUAUACUAUUAAAGGGGUAUGGCAAUACAAAUUAAAAUUAUAUAUGAAGAGCCAUUACAACUUUUUCGUACCUUGCUUGGUUUUCGAAACAUUUUGACCAAAAACAGUGUGCAGUCGGCCAUCUUAAUUGGUAUUAUAAUUGACCUAACUGAGUUUUUGAUGACGUCAAAAGCAGGGUAAACUUGUUAAAACUUCUUCGUGUUGGACUAAAUUUCUUCAAAAAGUUUCUUAAAAUGUUGUGAGUUAAUCGAGUACUAAAAGCUAAAAAGACUUCGGAAAAUCGAGUUUCAUAUGGCCCGCGUACAGGCCUACCAAGGGAAGAAUAGUACUGUGGGCCUGCACGCGGGCUAAGUUUCAUAUUGAUAAUGACAUGUAAUUUGCAAGAUAAAAAUUUCGCUUUUCACCCUACUUGUGACGUAUGCAUAUCGAAUGCAUAUCCCAGAUGGCGGAAUGCAAGCUGCUUUUGAUCAAAAUAAGUCGAUUUAUUUCGAAAACCAAGCAACGUACGGAAUAAUUGUAAUGGAAGUUUAUGUACUAUUUAAAGCACGCGUAGGAGUGUUUUAUCACAUAUAAAACACGACGCGUAGCGGAGUGUUUUAUAUGUGAUAAAACACGACUACAAGUGCUUUAAAUAAACUUUGUCUUAAAAUAAACUUUGUCUAAACCGAGAAAAUCAAAGCUAAAGUUUAUGUAAAUUAACAUGAUUUUUUAUCACAUAUAAAACCACGACACGCUUAUGAUUUUUCAUUGUGUUUUCCUCCUGAAUUAUUGAGUUUUUGAAAUAUCAUUUUAACUUAAUUUUUAUGCCAUAUCCUUUUGUUAUAAAAAUUACACAACCUAAACCGAUCGUAACUUAAUUAUUUCUUCUUCUACCCAGAAAAGUGUAUACCUAUAUCAAUCUAAAUAAUCCCUUUUCUUACGUUAGGUCAUAAAUGUGGCAAAUGUACUGCGAGGUGGUGGGCAGUUCUCAAUGCAUACAGUUUACAUAUUGAUAGUUCAUUUGCUGGUUGUGAGUUUGUUCCAACUGUUGGCGCUGUCGCAAGUGAAGAUAACUUUGGUCACCCACAAUUCAUCAACCCCAACUUUCGUUGUCAUGAAAAUGCUAACUCGACCACAAACUGGUGGUUCGGAGGAUAUCAAUGCAGUGAAUAA